GGCGGACCGGGAGACGGCGGAGGGCCGAGGAGACCGAGGAUCGGAGGAGGUGGAGGUGGAGGUGGUGGCCGCCGAGGCGCGGCUCGUCACGUGCACCAGCCCCGCGGCGCCGCAGGUGGCCACCAGCCAGCCGCCGCUGCCGACCGCGCGCGCGGCAACGCAGGACAACGGGGAUGGCCAGGUGGCUCGCCGCGCAACCCCCUCUGGCGACCGCCGCCGCCUCCCUCGCGGCGGCCCUGUCGCCCAUGAAGACCAGCGCGCCGGCCCGCUCCGGGCCCUCGCCCUCCCACGUGCGCAGCGCGGACACCUCCGCGGCCUGCUUGGCGAGGAAAAGGUCCUGCGCCUCGCCCUCUUCUUGGCCCGCGCGGCGCUCGGGCUCGGGGGCGCGGCGGCUCCGCCGCCGGGGCGGGGCCUCGUCCCCCCAGCGGUGGGCCGGGAAGUCGAAGGCCGGCGGCGGGCGCCCGAGGAGCAGCCAGCUCUCGAGCUCCUGCCGGCGGCGCUGGGGCGCCCGCCUCUGCCGGGCCUCGGUGAGGCACAGCGCGCCGUCGGACCACGCGGUGAGCACGCGGGCGCCGAGGCCGCAGCUGCCCGUGCACUGCUGCUCGAAGGCCGUGUCCGCGCGGACGAUGUUGCCCCGGAGCCUCAUGCCUGGUCCUCGAGACCGUGAGGUCCAGCAGGCUGCACUCCGACUGCUGGACGCAGAGGUGCAGGGCUCCAGCCACUCGAGCCGCCAAAUUGGGGACGUCAGCUGCAUGAAGAACCUGCCGACGGGGGCCAUCGGCAUGCGGUAGUCCCACAGCGCGAUGUAUCGGGCCGUUCGCGUAGCCCGCGGCGAAGAUGUGCGGGUCAUCGCCUGGCAACCACGCCAGCGACCAGACCGUGGAGCCCUGGGUGAAGGCCGUGUGCAGCACGUCGGAGGGCCCAUCGGGGAACGGCUCGGCGGAGCCUCCCGCAAACAUGCGAUGUCUCGAUGUUUGUCCAUGCGAGGUCCCCGGAAGUCUCGACUGACAGGAGGUAUGUCGACCCCUCUCCCAAGCUUUUUUGGAAUUUUGGCAUGGAUAAAAAAAUGUGGGCAGAAGCCUGGGGUAUACGAUGGGGGGCGUCCAUCCUCGAUAGGGGUGCGAGCGAAGAACCCCCUUGGGGUAUAUCCCAAGGUUCCCCCUUUUCGGGCGGAACUCGGGGACUGAGGAAAGAAAAUCGCCUGCGACCGACCCUUUCCCCAGGGCUGGCGUUUCGUUCCCGACCCUUUUCUUGAAGGUCCUGGGGCCAUGGCGAGGGACCCCGGCCGAAAUAGCGGCUAAAAAAAAUCCCGUCGCAGCAUUUACACUUUACACCCCUUAGGUCCGAUGUCGUAUCAACAAUACGGCCGUACCUAGGACAUAAUCACAUCCUUCAAAAACAUGAGACCCAUCCGCCGGCCAGACUGGAAAACAUUCGAGGCUACCCUCCCCAAGGGUGCAAAAGAACAUUCAACAAAGACGAAGAAGGUUAGGGCACCGUCCCCGAACCGACCUCAAUCUUAUGCCUCGGUCCGACCGUGCGGCAUCCCAAAAAACAUGCGUAGCCCCGAACCCCAUCCUUACGCUGCAGUCUGCGAGCCAGAUCGAUAUGUGAUGGUCCCGGGACCCGAAAUCUGGCGAAAACGCCCAACGCAACAAACACGACACGCCAGGAUCGCAGGGUUUAGACGACAGGAGCACGUCUCGGCCUGGCAGCCUCCAAAUCAGGACGGUGGAGUCAUCACAGCCGCCGGCGACCACGCAGGAGCCGGCCUGACAGGUGGCGACAUGCGAAUCCCACACCCCCACCAACCAUCGACCCUCCUGAAUCGAUGAGAGGCGGGGUAACGUUUCGACUUCACCACGUGUCCGAAACAUUCCGAACCAAGUGGUUAGUAAGUGCUACUACCCAGUUACCAGCCACGAGAUACCCACGCACUACCCACUGAGAAGUAGUGAG